AUGAAGAUAAUAAACAAGCUAGGAAGUAUCAACAUGAUUACUCUCUUUCACUUAUGUUUCUUUGGAUUUCUUUUUGUAAUUUUAAAUUUUACUAUAGAUAAUUCCAAUUUUUAUAAGGGAGGAGAUAUUUUGUUUAAUAGAAAUUUGUCAGAGGGAAAAGUAGAAGAUUAUAAAAAAUCUUCUGGCUCUUCAUCCUACAUAUCAUCACGAUCAAGAUCAAGAUCAUUACGAUCAACAUCCACAUCAUCAUCUUCUCCAUCUACUUCCUCAUCUACUUCCUCAUCUGCUUCCUCAUCUACUUCUUCAUCUACUUCCUCAUCUAAUUCCUCAUCAUUGUUGGAAGAUUCUGAUGAAGGUAGUAAUGUGGAUAGUACUGAGGAAAAAAAAGAAAUAGAUUCAAUUGAUCAUGAUAAUAAUAAAAAAGGAAACGCAAGUGAUAAUAUAUAUAAUAUGCUUUGUUAUAGUAAUCUUGGGGGGUAUGGUUGUGAACUUAAGGAUGUUGCUAAUUAUAUAUUGAAUAAUAUGGAUAUGUAUGAUGAACAGGAAGCUAAAAAGCAUGCACAAGAUAGAUCAGAAAAGUUUUCUAAAGAAUUGUCAACAUUAUUUAGAAAACUAAAAUCUAAAGAUCCUAAUAUGUUUAAUAAGAAUAAGAUCGUUUUUAAUGAUUUAUCAAAAAAACGUAUAUGGGAUAAAUAUGAAUUACAUCUACCUGGUUUAGCACAUGGAAAAUAUAGUAAUGAAAGAGAUGUUGAAUUAAAUCAUAAAUUAAUGGAUUUAGAAGAUGGAUUUACAGAUACUCAAUAUAUACGUAAAUUAUAUUCUUUAAUUAAUGAAAAUGAAAAAGAUAAAUUUGAAGAUGUAAAAAAAAAAAUAUUUUAUUAUUGUGGAAAAGAAAAUAAAUCACUUCAUCGUACACGUAAAGAAUCAGAUCAAGCAUGGAAAUAUUGUGAAAAAUUAAUAAAAUUAUAUUAUAAUAAUUUUGAUAAACAUUUUGAAAAAGUAUUUCUAAUAUGGUUAGCAUUAAGUGAAGGAUUUAAUGUAUUCGAAUAUAAAAUGCUUAUUACAGCUAAUAGAUUAUUGUGGAGAAAAUUAUCAGAUAAAAUUCAAGACGAAUGUAAAGUCAUGAUUCAAGAUUGA